CCGAGAUAUCGCGAACGAUACCAGGCGUCCUUGCAAGAGAGGGGCGCCCCCGUAAAGGGUGGGACUUAUGGCGAGGAAGCUCCACAAGAGUCGCGCGCUUUGUGCUUUAAUUAUCAAUAUUGGCCACCUUCUUGCUUGGUGUUACUGACUCACUAGGUUCGCGUCUGUGUUCUAUUUUUAACUGUCUCCCCACCCAUCGUUCAUGUCGAUAGCGAUAGCGAGCGCCGUGCUAUGGUGUCGCCGAGUGGCCUCGACCUCGACGCAGUGACUGGCGUGCACUGUCUACCUGACUACAUGAGACGGAGUGUAAACCCUAGCGUCUCUGAGUUCCUUGCGUCGUCACAUGGUCGGCGUGGUAGUGGUGGUGGUAUUAGUGCGAGCAGCAGCAGGAACAAGCAUGGGGUGGGCUCCGUGCUCGGACUCGAUAGCCGUGCGGCGGCAGUGAUAGCCGACAACCACUCCGCAUCGACUAGCCCGAUAGCGCAACCAAUGCCAGCGACAUCGAAAGCGACAGCGGCGAACGAAGAGGCAGAAGAUGCGGCUGCGCUUGUUGUCGGUGGUGUUAUUACUCCGGCACCCCGGUUAGGCGCAAUAAUGGAGGUGGAAGAAGAACAGGAAGCGAGAUGCAGCGUCUGCGCCAUUUCUGGAACACCGUCGACGAGUUCGCAGCCGGCGCUGUUGGAUGUAGAGGCUUCUGGUGGUGAUGAGUCAGAGUGGUGGCCUUUCCAAGCCCUAGACGUCGAGGCGAUUCCCAGUGACCUCGUCAGCCUCGAACGGGUUGCCAGUCGACUCACGGAAAACGUAGAACGCGUCCCAUCCUCACAGAUGCGAGACGCGGAGUUGUGGGGCCGCGGGACACUUCGGCGUCGUGUGGGGGUCUCGAAGUUGAGGCUAUCGGCCAUCAAAUGCGUUGCCAGGCGCUUGAAGCAACAGAAGGACAAAGUCUGGGAUGCUGAGAAGCGGAGCGGUAGAAAAGGGAGAGAAUUACAGGCAUACAUCGUAAAAGUUGCCCAGUUGGUAGACCGCCUAGAGGUGGCCAGAAAGCGUCUCGAAAAGCGUGACGCAGAGGCUGACACCCUAACGCCGUCGGGUAGUGCAACCAGCAAAAAGAACAAGAGAGGCCGCCAGUCUAGUACCGCCGCGCCGGCGAGUGCGUCGCCGGUGAUCCGCCGGAGGCGCAUUCCGUCUCCGUAGAACGACUUGGGUGACACUCUUCUACCUGGUUGAGCUCUUCCUUGCAGUAGUGAAAAAGAGGGAGGGGAAAGAGCCUGGGGAGUAUGCUCAACAACAAAAGCCACGCACUCUACCACUAAGUCACAGCGAUGUAAGGCAACCGCGUGACCCUCUUUGUCUUUCUUCUUAUCGAGUUUAGAGCUGUGCCCCGUGAGUAGGUUCAGAAACGCUUCCUCUGCAAUGACUUUGUUCCCCCGUAAUCAUGGCCCUCCGCCUUACAUGUGACUGCCUUCGUUGGAUGUUUUGGAACGUCAUAAUAUCGAGAUUGAGCAUGAUCCAGACCUGUGAAGCAUAAAUAGACCGAGAGGCCCAAGCCAGGAGCCCUCUUGCUUUCUGACUUGAAUAUGAAUAGGCCGAGAGUUCCGC